GGAAAACUUGUGAGAAAAAUGCAAAUUACUUUUCUAUCUGCAAACACAAGUUUUAACAAUACUUUAUAAAAUAGUGCACUCGAAUUUACAUUUUUAUAUAUUUGAUUGAAAUAAUACAUCGAGAGUUUAGAUAUCUUCAUUUAUAUUUCACAGAUUUUUUCGUAAUGAAACAAGAAAUGGGAAGUAUCGAUGUGGCAGUUGCCAGAAAGAAUUCGUUUCGAAGAAAGGAUUAAGAUAUCAUCGAAUGUUUCACACUGGUGAAGGGCUCCUGUCUUGCCAAUUCUGUAAUCGUCAGUUCAACUAUUCCAGCAAUUUGAGUAAACACGUCAAGAUUCAUACCGGAGAGAAACCCUUUUCCUGUGAUCAUUGUAAACGGAGUUUUACGCGAAAAGAAAGUCUGAUAGGACAUCUUCGUCUUCACACCGGAGAAAAGCCAUUCUCGUGUGAUUAUUGCUCAGAAAAUUUUACGCGAAAAGAAAGUCUGAUAGGACAUCUUCGUCUUCACACCGGAGAAAAGCCAUUCUCGUGUGAUUAUUGCUCAGAAAAGUUUCGUUUUCAAGCUAGUUUAAAGGAUCAUAUUAUUAAACGUCAUAAGAAUUAUAAAUGAUAUUUUCUAUGAAGGAAACGAAAAA